AAGAAAGACAAAGAGUCUAGAGUAGUUUAUAACUGUUCAAAUAAGAUUGCUUGAUAUUAAAUGAAUAACAAUCAAGAAAGCGUCGUUUUCGGACUUCGUUUUUCAGUCCACUUUAUCAAAUAUGUCUUCAGACAAUUAGAAAGAGAAUUUCUUAGCCCUUUAAUUUUUAUGAUCCUGCUAAUAUUUAUCACUGGAUUUUAUGAAUAUGCUGCUUAUCAAAUCGGAUUAAUUUCUUCUAACUUUUUUGAUGCUUUGACUAAUAGAAACUAUGAUAGGUUUAUAUGGACUUUAAAAUUGUCAGUUAUGUAUAUACUCUGUGGUUCUUUGGCAUUGGGUGUACAGAACAUGAUAACGGGACAAUUAUCACUAAUAUUACGUGAAAUCUUAACUAAGAAUUUACAAAGUCUAUAUUUUAAACGGAAAAAUUAUUAUGUUAUAAAUACUCUGAUCAAUUUAGAUAACCCUGAUCAACGUCUUACUCAAGAUAUUAAUGUAUCCUGUGACCUAUUGACUAAUGUAAUUGUAUCGAUAACAAUAAAUCCAAUGUUAGUCGUGUUUUAUACAUAUAUGUGUGUACAAAAAGCUGGCUGGUUAGGUCCAAGUUCUGCUUAUAUCCUUUUCAUUAUAUUCUCAGUUAUUUCGCGGUUCCUCACCUCCUGGAGUUCGCAUGCUUCGUUUGAUCGUCAAAAACAAGAAGGAAAUUUUAGGUUUGUUCAUACAAAACUAAGAUGCUCAGUUGAAAGUGCUGGAUUUCUUGAUUUGAGUGAAUCAUUAAAUGCCAUUUCAUUGAGUUCAUUCAAUCGGCUAUUUCAUGCUAUACGAGUUUUCAUUAAUCGUAAUGCAGUAGUUUUUUACGUUACACAACUUAAUGCUUAUUGCGGUGGUGUAGUGAAUUAUAUAGCUCUUGGCCUUGUUCUAUUCAAUGGUCCUAUUCGAACAAUGUCAGCAUCUGAAAUUACUGUUCUUAUUAGUCAGACUAGUUUCUUUCUUCUGUAUUUAAUUAAUAAAUUAACAAAUCUAGUUAAUUUAUCCACUGAUAUUGCUCAGUUAGUCGGUGUUGGACAUCGUAUUGUUAACUUGGACAAAUAUUUAGGAGAGGUUGACUCAUAUCAUACACCAGCUGCUUAUAUUGCAUCUUAUAAUACUCAAUGGUUAUUUGUUGAACCGAAAAUAAUCAGCCCCAUGCAUGAUGUCAUUUAUAGUGAUGUUAAAAACUGUUUAUUAGAUGAUAUCGUUUUCCGAAUCGAUCAUAUAUCAAUAUGUGUUCCAUCGAACCCUAAUAAUGUUCUGAUUCGUGACUUAUGUUUAACCAUUAAAAAACAUGAAGCUCUACUAAUCACUGGUCCAAGUGGUGUUGGUAAAACUGCUUUAUUUCGUGUUUUAGCUGGUCUUUGGCCAGGUCUUGUUUUAAUGAAUAAUUCAAUGAAUAAUAAUAAUGAAGUGAAUGCAUCAUAUCAUUUCUAUCAAUCGGCUAAUUUACAAAUUGUUUUUAUUCCACAAGAAUUAUACAUACCAUGGAUUACAAUUCAAUUGAAUAAUGAAUUUUACAAGUUAUUUACAAAUCUACAUUAUUUCAUGAUUGAAUUAAAUUCACCAAUAUUAGUGAAUAUACAUAGAGAACUACAUUUAUGUUAUUUAUUAUUGAAUAUAGCAUAUUCUUUCGAUAAUAAAUUUACAACUGGAAUCAAUGCUGGGACUGUGACAUUGAAUGAAAUUCAAACAAACUUGACUAAUCAUAAUUCAAUGAGAAAACGAAAUUCUAGAUAUUUAAUUCAUGAUUAUAAUCUGGAUUCUUUUGAAAAAGCAUUAACCUUGCUAGUCGAAUUUCGUCUGAUCAGAUUUGAAAAAUGUAAUGUAUUAAAACAAAUUUUCAAAUUAUACUAUGACAAUGAAAAUAAUAAUGGUAAAUAUUUCAAUCAUCAAUGUCAAAUUCCAUUAUUAACUGAUAUUUGUUAUAGUGGUUUUUCGGUUGGAUCAGAAAAAUUCGAAAAUAAAUUUGAUUUACAAUUAUUUAAUUAUUCACCUGGUGAAUUACAACGAUUAACAAUAGCAGCUGUUUGUUUUUAUCAACCAGAUAUAAUAUUUAUGGAUGAAUCUACAAGUCAGCUAAGUGUAACGGAUGAAUCACAAGUAUAUGGAAGUCUUUCUAAAAGAAAUAUUACACCAAUUACAAUUGGUCAUCAUAAUUCCGUUCGACAAUAUCACUUAAUGGAAUUACAAUUAAUGUCUAUCGAUGAACAGACUAUCAUUACUACUACUACUACUACUAGUGCUACUACUGAAUUAGAUCAAUCAAAAUCAUGGAAGUUAAUUGAAAUCGCAUAA